GUUUGCCGCUUGGGCUUCGUUUGGAAUUUUGAAAAAAGAAAAAUGAAAAUUAAAGAAAUAUUUAUUUAUUUAUUUUUAUUUUGUAUAAAAACGUAAACAAAUGAAAAUCAAAAUUCGUCAACUGGGUCUGGGUAGUUUCUUUCUCCUUCAUUUCGUCUAGAAAUCUCUUGAAUCAAUUGAUUAUCGCCCUAAUUUUUUUUCAAUAGGGAAAAAGAUUAUCCUUUUCGAUUUCGUAGACGAUCAUUUGACGAAAGAAGGAAGUUUUGCAGAAAGAAAUGGGGCCGGGUAUGGGCUUGUCGCCGGCCAAACAAGCGGAGCAACUUAGGAAAGAUGGGAAUCAUUACUUCAAGAAAGGUCGAUUUGGUGCCGCCAUAGAUGCUUAUACUGCGGCAAUUACCCUUUGUCCAAAUGUGCCUGUAUAUUUGACGAAUCGUGCUCUAUGCCAUCUCAAGAGGAAUGAAUGGGCUAAAGUAGAAGAUGAUUGUAGAAAAGCUAUUCAGCUUGACAAAACCUCAGCUAAGGGUCAUUAUAUGUUGGGACUUGCUUUAAUGCAGAGGAAAGAGCAUGCAGAAGGAAUAAGGGAAUUGGAGAAGGCUUUGGACCUUGGGAGAGGUGCUGACCCCAAGAGUAAUAUAGUGGAUGAGAUUUGGCAAGAGCUUGCAAAAGCAAAAUACCUGGAGUGGGAGCAUGCAUCUACGAAGCGUUCAUGGGAAUUGCAGAAUUUGAAAGAUGCUUGUGAAAUCGCACUCAAACAGAAAUACUCACUUGAUGAUUAUGAAACAGAGGGGUUUGUUGAUGAAGCUUCUGCAACUCUGAUUGACCAGUUAAAGACUCUAGAAAGCGUUUUUCAGAUAGCUCAAGAUGCAGACACAUUACAAGAGGUGCCAGAUUACCUAUGUUGUAAAAUUACGCUAGACUUAUUCCGUGAUCCGGUCAUCACUCCUAGUGGUCUUACAUAUGAGCGAUCUGUGAUUAUGGAGCAUAUCUCAAAGGUUGGUAAAUUUGAUCCGAUUACCCGUGAGGCUCUUGAUGAAGACCAGCUAAUUCCUAACUUGGCCAUAAAGGAAGCUGUCCAAGCCUUUUUAAGCAAACAUGGCUGGGCUUAUAGAACAGACUGAAAAAAGGUUGACUCAUUUGGCACCCGUGGAAUUGACAGUCUUUACAAGUUCAGCACUCGUCUUCUGGUUGUUCGAUUCUGUAAAGCAUCUUUAUCAUAUCGGGUAAAUGGUGUCUCUCUUCUGUAGUCUUUGAUAUGGGGCUUUGAUUGCAAUCAUAUUCAAGGUCAUGCAUAUGUAUUUGUACAGAAUAUAUUCUUAGAAUCGAUUACCUAAUAGCUUGUACAGAUUUGGUGAACUUUGCUAUAUGAGGAGUUAGUAUUAUAAGAUCAUCAUGCAUGCAAGUACUAAAGUUUCAGUUUAAUUAUACACCUUCUUUGAGAUGUUGUUGGCAAAUCAGAGUGUAAUCUUAAUUAUUUAGUAAUGCCAUCUUUGCAAAGUGAAA